AUGUGGGAAGGGAGUCCCAGGAUGCCAGGGGUCUUAGCCAAGACAGGAAGCCCCACACUCGGAGGCCUUAAAGAGAGAGCUGAGGCAGAGGCACGUCAUUCGUGUCCAAAAUUGGGCCUGCUGAGUCCACGGAGAGGCACCUACAGGAUGAAGGCUCUCUCCCUUCUCCUCCUCCCAGUCCUGGGGCUGCUGGUGUGUGGCAAGUUGACGUGUCCCAUGGAUAAAGCCAUCAGUGAGAAGAUCCAGGAACUCACCAGCUCCCUAAAUCCUGCGGCAAUAAGGAACAUUGGCCUGGACUGCCGGAGUGUCACCUCCAGGGGGCACCUGGUCACUUGCCCCGCAGGUUUCGCCGUCACCAGCUGCACCUGCGGCUCUGCCUGUGGCUCGUGGGACGUGCGCGCCGAGACCACGUGCCACUGUCAGUGCGCCGGCAUGGACUGGACCGGAGCUCGCUGCUGUCGCCUGCGGGCCGAAUAG